AUGAAUUGGACGGGUGGUAGUUUGCAGCGUACAAGGAAAGCCAAUGGUGGCAUUAUCCAGCAACAGAAAGCCUAUUUUGCCAGAGCGCGUGCUCACCUCCAAAACGUGACCAACUUGCCAACCACACCCUUCCGACCAAGCUACCUCAAUGCCAGUAGAGAGGACGACUUGCCGGGACAAGAGGCUUCAUUGGCCACGCGUUCCCUCCGUCACAAAGGGCAAACUUCCAAGCCCAGGCGGCAAGACUUGCGAGCGCUGUCUAGCGAUGGACAACACAAGCAUCAUCAUGGGGGAAGCUCACGAAGAGCCCUGGUCUCUUUUCAUACAGGAAAUCCAACCAACAGGGCCGUAGAAGUUGCGAAAGGCAAUGUCGGCGGAAUGGGGACCAUACGGGUAAAGCGAAGCAUCACCGAAGCAGACACCGAGGUUCAGCUACUUGAAGCAAACAAAAAGCGACUGCUGAAACGACCGGACUGGAUCGGCGUCAACCCCUCCAAGCCAGUGAGCCUACCACUUGUGCCGUCCAGAGACAAACCUGGGAUCGGCAAGCGCCGAAGGACCGAAAUAAAGCCCGGCGCAACAGUUGGACAUGGAAUGACGACCAACCUCACAGACAGACUGAUACAGCAUGAUAUGCUAAGAGAAGGACUCCGGAGUGGAGUCCGGCGUAAUGAUCGUGAUCACAUGCGGAUCCGAAUAGGAACAGAUGCAUUGACGAGCGCUUACUCCACGCAGCGGCACGGAUGCGGAGAGUCGCAGGAUUCCUCUGAUCCUAUGCUUUUUGAGCAAGAAUACGCUCCGAAUGCAGGGACAGGUGAACCCUUGGAUGAACCCUUGAAAGCUGUACGACCUGUCAAUCAUUGGUCUAAUGCAGCAUCGAGUACGUUUCAACAGGAACCUGCUGCUCCACACGGGAUAUCACUCACCGAUAAUCACAAUCACCGACAUUUUGAGCAGGUUCCCAACGUGGUCAGGUCUCGGUUUCUAGGAGAUCCUGACCAAAGUGACUCGCAAGGUGAAGGAUUCAACACGCAGGUCAACCAUGUGUAUACUAUUCCGAGACGCAUUCAAUCGGAUGCAAGUCAUGCUCCUCGGUAUCGCGUGACACAGCGUACUGGAGGUGCUCAGCAACCUUUCCUUGCCAUAUUCGAUGACCCAGAUUCUUCGGAGGACGAGGACGGUCACAAGGGUAAUGGAGAGAAUCCCGUUAGGAACAGUACCAGGGAGCAACUGCAGAUGGACGAACAACUAUUCGCCAAUGCAGCUCGACCACAAAGGAUACAGCGUGCUGAUGGGGAGGGUGGUUGUCCCAAUUUGAAGAGAUCAUCUGCUGUGCGUACUAUUGUCGAUGCAAAGGCAUGGGAAUCCUUCCUCGCAAUUGCCAGCGACGACUCCAGCCACUCGACCGCCACCAUGGAGUCUAGAAGCAGCAACUUGCAUCUCUACCCUACAUCGCCAAACAAUAAUAAAGCUACUGCGACCUGGUCACAACUUGCGACGCAGGGUAGCCAAGCUCAAAUCGGUACCUCUGCCAUGUCUGCCUCUUUGCCUUCUAUGAGGCGGGGUAUUGGAAGACGUGCACUGAUUGAUGCGACUAUUCCAGACCGCAAUAGGGUUGAUGUUCUAGAGCGGGAGCCAUCUCAAAAUAUCGAGGAGGACGAGGACGAAAGACUUUGGCAAGCUUUCGUAUUCGGGAGCGACGACACUUGUUCAUCAUCGCGGUCGUUGCAUGUACCAGGCUACCGCGGCGCCUUGUCGAACGAGCCUGAAGCAAUAUCUUGUAUAUCGCUCUCUGCUGCCGUCAGUUCUAUCCCACCUACAUCAUCCGUCAUAUCGCCAUCUCGCGUUCAUAGCAUAACAGAGAAUCACUUUCGGCCUGCAGGCAAUGUUACGCCAGGGUCGGUACGGCGGGAAGAGCGCAGCUCACCGGUCGUUCAAGGAGGAUUUGACGACUUAAGCGAUGGCGAGCUGAGCAGAGACUUUGUUCAGCGCAGGCUAAGGAUGGGAAACAACGCAUGUUGCGACACCAGUCUAGACCCAGGGAGAAGGGAUAGUGGCACGAGAACGGUUGAGGGCAGGCUGCAGCAGGCCAGAAGCAGCGCAGGUAGACAAGCCUCAGCAGGCAGACUAGAUGGUGGACAAUAUUACUCAUCCAUGCAAGCAGGGCCUGGUAGCGAUAGCUCCUCCGACAACAACCUCCAUCUUGUCGAUGCCGCGUUGGAGGCGUGA